AAAUGAAGAAUGAGACGAGCGUGUGUCACUCCAUUACAUAUAUUCCUUUCUUCAUGAGGAAGUUAUGAAGUCUCUUUAUAUUGGCAACACAGGUGGUUUCAAUCUGUCUUGAACAAUCAAGAGUCUAUUCCAUCCACCCGUCUAUUCACUCUCUUGAAGCUUACCGAAAUCCAUCCAGUUAUCUUAGUCGCACUCACGUCUCUUUCUUCACAGCCAAACAUGGACGCUGUCCCAUUGAGCCCGGAGGAGAUGAGACUGAACAACUCGGACAAAAAAAGUUUCCAACGGAUUCUCACUAUAGUUCGCCAUCCUGAGCCUCGCCCCCUGGCUUCCCAUCCACCGAUUGUUUCCUCCUACAAUGACCGCAUCAGGCCUAUCCUUGAUGCCGUGGACCGACUCCGGAAUCUACAGGUCAUGAAGGAGGGCAUCCAGCUCCCGACAAUUGUGGUCGUAGGUGACCAGUCGUCCGGAAAAUCAAGUGUGCUCGAGUCGCUUGCUGGGAUCAACCUUCCCCGGGGACAAGGGAUUUGCACCCGUGUCCCGCUCAUCAUGCGGCUCCAGAACCACCCCUGCCCUGACCCAGAACUUUACCUGGAGUUCAAUGGGAAGCAUGUCGAGACUGAUGAGGAUAAUGUUACAUUCGCUAUCAGUUCUGCCACAGAGGAGAUCGCUGGUCACCAGAAGGGCAUAUCGAACACUCCUUUGACUCUGGUGGUUAAGAAAGACGGCGUCCCUGACCUCACCAUGGUGGACUUGCCAGGGAUCACGCGGGUCCCUGUCCACGGGCAGCCCGAGAAUAUCUAUGAGCAGAUAUCGGAGAUGAUCAUGGAGUAUAUAAGGCCCGAGGAGAGCAUAAUCCUCAACGUGCUCUCAGCCACGGUGGAUUUCUCCACCUGCGAGUCCAUCAGGAUGUCUCAGAUGGUCGACAAGACUGGCCACAGGACCCUGGCAGUUGUGACAAAGUCGGACAAGGCUCCUGAAGGACUGCUCGAGAAGGUCACUGCCGAUGAUGUGAAUAUUGGGCUCGGUUAUGUCUGUGUGAGGAACCGUAUCGGGGAUGAGACUUAUGAGGAGGCAAGGAUGGAGGAGGCGAAGCUGUUCGAUGCUCAUCCCCUACUGUCGAAGAUUGAUAAGAGGAUCGUUGGGAUCCCUGUUCUGUCUGAGAAGCUGAUACAGAUUCAAGCCACUAUAGUCGCAAAGUGCCUGCCAGAAAUUGUGAGGAAGAUCAACGAGAAGCUGCACAACAAUGUCGCCGAGCUUAACAAGAUGCCAAAGGUUCUUUCUACAGUUGCAGAGGCCAUGACUGCUUUUAUGCAGAUUAUGGGAUCGGCCAAGGAUUCUCUCAGGAAAAUUCUUCUGAGAGGUGAGUACGACGAGUACCCACAUGAAAAGCAAAUGCACGGCACUGCAAGAUUCGUUGAGAUGCUGGACCGGUUUGCUAAUGAGCUUCGGAUGGAUGCUGAGACUGGCAAGAAUAGUAGCUUCUUAAUGGAGGAGAUUUCUUUGUUGGAGGAAGCCAAGGGGAUCCGCCUCCCAAACUUCAUUCCCCGAACUGCUUUCCUUACUAUUCUCCACAAGAAGGUGGAAGAUAUUUCCUGUAAGCCUUUCAAGUUCAUGGGCGAGCUGUGGGAUUACAUUGAACUAGUGGUAAUAACUGUCCUCAUGGAUCACUCCAAGAAUUAUCCCCCUCUUCAAGCAUGUAUGAGGAGGGCUGCACAAAAUCUGAUCGGAAAGAUGAAGGAGAGGGCGAUGAUUCGGGUGACGGACAUCAUCGAGAUGGAGAAGCUCACCGACUAUACAUGUGACCCAGAGUAUAUUUCCGAAUGGAAUCAACUGAUGGAGGAGGAGCCGAAGUUACUGGCGGCUAUCGACAGUUAUAAAAAUCCUUCCACUGUGUCUCUAGAAGGGAUCGGAGAGGUUGAAAUUGACAGCCUGAGGCAAUUCAAGCACCAUCUGAAGCAAGCUUUCGAUCUGAAAGUGAGGAUGACUUCUUACUGGAAGAUUGUACUAAGGCGGCUGGUGGACACAAUGGCAACGUUCCUGCUAUUCAAUGUCCAGGUCCUGGUGAACAAGGAGAUGGAGGUGGAGAUGGUGAAUGAUCUCGUCGGGCCCCAUGGGGAUGGGAUCGAGAGGAUGUUAGAGGAGUCCCCGUCGGUGGCAAAUAAGCGGGAGAAGCUGAAGAGGAGCAUCAAGCUCUUAAGAGAGUCAGCUGACAUUGUUGCUACAAUUAUUCACAGGGCUGCUGCUAAUGCUGAUCUCGAAUAGUUGUUCAACAAUUUAUCAUUGUUGUGUCCGAGUUUGUUCUUACUGCUUUUCUUUCAUUCCUGAACUGUCUGCAAGUUUUAGUUCCUGUCUUGUGUCCGCAGACUUGCAGUAUGUUUCGACAUAUCCCUCUGUAUUUGUAAGUUGCAUCUAAUGCCUGUUCGUGUGUCGUAUCUAAUAUGUGUUUCCCAUAUUUUCCUAUA